GACCGAAGUGUUUUCGAUCUGGCAGAUCAGUCUGCAUGUAGUAGCAAAGAUGCGGGUGUUUAGUAGAUAUCGGUUUUAGUUACGAAAUCGACACUUUUUUUUCAAAUUUGCUAGAAUUACGUACUCGUCGAUUUUUAGUGUAGUGCAAAAAUCGAUUACUUCACUGGAUUAAAAUUUUGCGGCCGGAGAGAACGAUGACAGCCGCUCCGUAUUCGCUGCUAAGUGUAAAGAGAAGUUAAUCAAAAUGUAACUAAGAAGCGGGGGCCAAUGGGUGCCAAUAUGGGAAAGAACUCCUCCUUGCUAGACGCGCUCCCAUCAGGUCAAGGUACUCUUCACAUAGUGAUGCUGGGAUUGGAUUCGGCGGGGAAGACGACGGCACUUUACAGACUGAAGUUUGACCAGUACCUCAAUACUGUGCCGACGAUCGGGUUUAAUUGUGAAAAGGUGAAGGGGAUGAUCGGGAAAGCUAAGGGUGUCAAUUUUCUCGUUUGGGACGUCGGGGGACAGGAGAAGCUGAGGCCGCUAUGGAAGUCCUACACGAGGUGUACCGAUGGUAUCGUCUUCGUGCUGGAUAGCGUCGACGUCGAACGAAUGGAGGAGGCGAAGAUGGAGCUGAUUCGGACAGUGAAAUCGCCCGAAAAUACCGGCGUGCCCAUCUUGGUGUUGGCGAACAAGCAGGACCUGCCCGGUGCGCGGGAACCGCGUGAUCUCGAGAAAUUGUUGGGACUUUGCGAGCUGGGGGGUGGUGCGCCCGGUGGACACUUGUGGCACGUGCAGCCCGCAUGCGCGAUUACGGGCGACGGUCUGCAGGAGGGUCUCGAAGUGUUGUACGAAAUGAUACUUAAGCGAAGGAAACUGGCCAAAUUGUGCAAAAAGAAAAGUAGGUAAAGAUAAUAGUGAGUGCAGGAUAGUCAAUAGCGCGAGUUAGUGUCUGCUAAAACUUCCUAGGAUCAAAGGUAAACGAAACGAGUGCAAAAUCUGUUCUUUUUAAAAAAAAUUUAAGCUUUUAUGACGUUGGUGGUACCCGCUUUUGAUAGUCAUUGUUAAAUGUUUAAAUUUUAACAACUCUUGUGAGUACUGCAGGGUCGGUGGUGAAUUUCUAUAAAUUAUGAAUGACACUUCCAUUCUAGCCCAAUUUCUGUGAUUUUCGGACAAUACUUCCACUUACGUUCAAUAUCAGGUUCUAAUCUGAAUAUCUUUAGACUAACUAAAGAUCAUUUAUGAUUGUAAA